AUGUCGAUUCCUUUGAUUCAGGGUGCAUUUUUAGCAAAUGGUGGAACAGCCAUUUUCGCAGACGGAAAUGAUGCAGUUCUACCAUUGAACAAUGAUUACCUCUGCCCAGACGGAAAUGAUGCAGUUCUACCAUUGAACAAUGAUUACCUCUGCCCAGACGGAAAUGAUGCAGUUCUACCAUUGAACAAUGAUUACCUCUGCCCAGACGGAAAGGAUGCAGUUCUACCAUUGAACAAUGAUUACCUCUGCCCAGACGGAAAGGAUGCAGUUCUACCAUUGAACAAUGAUUACCUCUGCCCAGACGGAAAGGAUGCAGUUCUACCAUUGAACAAUGAUUACCUCUGCCCAGACGGAAAGGAUGCAGUUCUACCAUUGAACAAUGAUUACCUCUGCCCAGACGGAAAGGAUGCAGUUCUACCAUUGAACAAUGAUUACCUCUGCCCAGACGGAAAGGAUGCAGUUCUACCAUUGAACAAUGAUUACCUCUGCCCAGACGGAAAGGAUGCAGUUCUACCAUUGAACAAUGAUUACCUCUGCCCAGACGGAAAGGAUGCAGUUCUACCAUUGAACAAUGAUUACCUCUGCCCAGACGGAAAGGAUGCAGUUCUACCAUUGAACAAUGAUUACCUCUGCCCAGACGGAAAGGAUGCAGUUCUACCAUUGAACAAUGAUUACCUCUGCCCAGACGGAAAGGAUGCAGUUCUACCAUUGAACAAUGAUUACCUCUGCCCAGACGGAAAGGAUGCAGUUCUACCAUUGAACAAUGAUUACCUCUGCCCAGACGGAAAUGAUGCAGUUCUACCAUUGAACAAUGAUUACCUCUGCCCAGACGGAAAUGAUGCAGUUCUACCAUCGAACAAUGAUUACCUCUGCUCAGACGGAAAGGAUGCAGUUCUACCAUUGAACAAUGAUUACCUCUGCCCAGGCGGAAAUGAUGCAGUUCUACCAUCGAACAAUGAUUACCUCUGCCCAGACGGAAAAGCUGCAGUUCUACCAUUGAACAAUGAUUACCUCUCCCCAGACGUAAAGGAUGCAGUUCUACCAUUGAACAAUGAUUUCCUCUGCCCAGACGGAAAGGAUGCAGUUCUACCAUUAAACAAUGAUUACCUCUGCCCAGACGGAAAGGAUGCGGUUCUACCAUUGAACAAUGAUUACCUCUGCCCAAACGGAAAGGAUGCCGUGCUAUCAUUGAACAAUGAUUACCUCUGCCCAAACGGAAAUGAUGCAGUUCUACCAUUGAACAAUGAUUACCUCUGCCUAUACGGAAAGGAUGCAGUUCUACCAUUGAACAAUGAUUACCUCUGCCCAUACGGAAAGGAUGCAGUUCUAACAUUGAACAGCGAUUACCUCUGCCCAGACGGAAAGGAUGCGGUUCUACCAUUGAACAAUGAUUACCUCUGCUCAGCUGCAAAGGAUGCUGUUCUACCAUUGAACAAUGAUUACCUCUGCCUAUACGGAAAGGAUGCAGUUCUACCAUUGACCAAUGAUUACCUCUGCCCAUACGAAAGGAUGCAGUUCUAA